UUCUCUUUCUUCCAACCAUUUUCCUUUUUCUGUUGUUGCAAGAUUUCUUCUUUCAACCUCUUUUCUCUUACAACAAUUUUGCAAAAUCUUCUUCUUCUUCUUCUUCUUCUUCUUCUCACACAUAGUAGCUUGUUCAAUUUCUACGUAAAGGUUGAAACUUUUUCACAUAUGAUUAUUGUAUUGACAAUUUGUUGAAUUGAAGGUUGAUUCUGGGAUCUGGCAGAAGCAGAAACGUGUGGAUCUCUGCAAUUUCUGCACUUUUCCCCAUCUGGGUAUUGUUUGAUUUGAUUUUCCAAUGGGUUUGAGAUACAACGUUGGAUUGUUCCUCAUAGCAACUGUUGUUAUCAUUUGGGUCACCUCUGCUGAAGUCACCCAGGGUAUUUUUAUAGAUUAUAAGCAGCCGUUUGCGGUGACAUAUCUCGGAGCUUCUCUCAUGGUAGUUUACCUCCCAAUAGCAUUCAUUAAGGAUUGGUUCUAUAACUUGCUUAAACGCCGCUCUUCUAAAAGUGGAAAAAAUGCAGAAAGCGGGGGCGAGUUUUCUGUCAGGAGUAGCUCCCCACUCAAAGGCAAUGGAGUUCAGAAAAACUUUGAAAUGGAACUUGGGAACAUGGUUCGGAAAGACAGUGAUUUAGACCUUACAACUCUUGCAGAGACAAAACCAUUGGUGGCUAAAUAUAAUGAAACUAAUGUGCUGACUGCAGAAAAAGCACUUACUACAAAGGAAAUUGCUACUUAUGGAUUUUACAUUGCACCUAUCUGGUUUGUAACAGAGUAUCUAUCAAAUGCUGCCCUUGCACGUACAAGUGUUGCGAGUACAACAGUAUUGUCAUCUACUUCAGGACUCUUCACUCUUUUCAUCGGUGUGUUAAUGGGACAAGACACUUUAAAUGUAUCAAAAGUAGUUGCUGUCUUGGUCAGCAUGGCCGGCGUUGCCAUGACAACUCUUGGCAAAACUUGGGCCGCAGAUGACUCGCAAUUUAGUGCUUCCAAUGGACAGCGCAGUCUUGUUGGAGAUCUUUUUGGCCUUCUCUCAGCCAUUUCAUAUGGUCUAUUUACUGUUCUUCUAAAAAAGUUUUCUGGCGAAGAAGGAGAACGGGUUGACGUGCAAAAGCUGUUCGGAUAUAUUGGAUUGUUUACACUUGUAGCACUAUGGUGGCUUAUUUGGCCGUUGUCAGCCUUAGGAAUUGAACCUAAGUUUGCGAUUCCACACUCUGCCAAAAUGGAUGAAGUGGUUCUUGCAAAUGGAUUUGUUGGAAGUGUUCUCUCAGACUACUUCUGGGCACUGUGUGUUGUAUGGACAACUCCCCUUGUGGCUACUUUGGGCAUGUCACUCACCAUUCCUCUUGCUAUGUUGGCCGACAUGGUAAUCCACGGUCGGCAUUAUUCAGCACUAUACAUUCUUGGCUCAGUUCAGGUAUUUGCAGGCUUUGUGAUAGCUAAUCUUUCAGAUUGGAUGACAAAGAGGUUGGGAUUAUAACACAUGAUGAUGUUUUGUUGAUUAGUUUGGACAACACUUAUUCUUUUUUUUUGGUUGGUUAUACUUCCACUACUCUAUUGAGUGUCAUAGCAUAAUUAGUCAAUAUGAUGAAAACCAAAGCCUUAAUCCUGUUCUUUUUCUUUUUUUUUUUUGUAAUUUUCAAGGAAAGCAACAUAAGAGUGUUGUUUCCAUUCCAUGUUGUAUUUGUUGUGUAUAUGGUUCUUUCUAGCUUGAGUCCUUCUUUGUAAUCAUGUUCAGGAUGAGGUGCUAGCCAAUGAUGUAACCUCUCAUUGUUAUAUAAUUCAUGGCUUACACAAGUAAAUGUGUUAUUUAAAUGGAGAAUUUCACUGUAGAGUGUUCCAUGAAUAAAAUGCAAUUAUCAUGAUCA